GCUCAUUAAUUUGUGUUCCGGACAGAUGGGAUUUGCGGCGCCUAAACGUCUCCAGCCCCACCCUGCUUGGCUGACACGGCUACAUGCGCUUUAUGAGGAUGACCACUGAUAGAUAAAUGCUUAGCAGCUCUGCUUUUGGUUUUGCAUACAUUUAGUUGUACUCCUUAGUGCCCACAUUGGUGUGUGGUUAUUCACUGAAACGGUCGCCGUUGUUUGCGUUACCCUUCGCGUUUCCCCUACAGAAGCUGUAACAGCUACUCGCGCGCGCAUGUCGUCUCAACUACCGACCUUCAGCUUCACAAAUGCCACCCCCAGUAUCUCCGGGUACCAGCCCUCGGCGCCGUCGCAGCGCCGGACCUCGAACUCGACAGCCGGGGGUACGAGCAGUGUGCCGCUUGGUGAUGCCGCGGGGCCAAGGAGGCUUACCUCCUCCUGGCGGUUGGACAACUCAUCCUGCUUGACGAGCUCUACCAUCACCAACAGCGCCAUCGGCAAAAACUGCACAAGCACCGGGCACUUGCAGACCUCCCCGACCCUGUUCACUGGGUCGUACAGCGCGGCUGCAACUUCGUCGCAGCUGCAACCAGUGGGCAAACCUCAGUUCGCAAUUACCGCCUCUGCAUCACUGCAGGGUGGGAAUCAUGACCAGGAUGAGGAACGCGCUCUCGUCGGCGUUGCAAAGCAGUUUUCCCUUCCAAGCAGCGCCUGUACCAAGCAGCCAACAUUAUUAUCCAUGUCACCGCGGGCCCAGGUCAUGGCGCGAGCUUUCGCGGAUAAGCUCAAAAUGCGCACGGGGGUGACGAACAAACAGAUCGGCGUUGGAAAAACGAAAUCCGGGGAGGCAUCUGCAGCAUCGGGUAAGGGAGAGGGAGCCGCUGCUUCUACACCUGCGCCGCCCGCGAACGUCUCGCGUGGUACAUGAUCCUGUUUGGUACAUAUAAUCCUUUGUAUGUCUAUGUUCUCUCCCUGUUGCGAAGGUAUGAACCAAUCUGUCGCUGUGCGUGAUUUGUUUCAAUGCUCCAUUGCUCUGCACAGUAGCCAACUACCGUCGCAGCACGACAUUCCACGCGACGGACCUGGAACGCUUGCGAACGAGGGAUGACGGCGUGAGCGCGACGCUGGGUCAGAACGCACUGAAAAAACACGCCUCCAUGGAGGACGAGGUUUGGGACCCCUACGACAACUCGGACACAGAUUCUGAUGAGAAGUAAGUGCAACUUGUGAUGGCAGUUCUGAGUACAAUGUUGACAGCACAAUUGCUCCUUACGUUUCAUGCUCUUGAAAAACGGCUGUUUGAUUUUGAGCCACACGAGUAAGUAGCAUACUACCACGCAAGAAUCCAGGCGGGAGACCCUUGCGGAAAUCCUGGGCGACUUGGAGUUCGAGCGGGACCAGUUCGACCCGCGCGAGAAGCUGUCACGACUGCUAUCAAUUGCAAAAAUGUCUGUGUCGGGAAGAAUGCAUGUUUGUCAUGCUUGUCUGGCAUGACUCUUAAAUCUGUCAUGCACGUUACCCAAAAGCUCCAUUUUUCUGUGAUGCAGAAACGCAGUUUGUCAUGCAGAAUAGGCAACACAUAGAAGCUCAGAAACUUGUCAUGCUGAGCCAGCACUUGUGGCCUCAUCAUGAGACGCCGCCCAGCAUCACAAGUUACCAGACCCAGACAUAUUUGCAUUUGAUAACUGCUGCCCACGGGCAACUUGAACUUGGUGAACACGUACGAUCCGGUGAAUUCAGUCGUUAUGGCGUUCUCAAGCGUUACAUUCUCAACUGUUACACGAUUUGUCAUGCAAAACUGCAAUCAGAUUCGACGCGAUCAAGCUGCUGCGCAUGACAAAUUCUGGAAGGCCCAAACAGGCUGAGAAUCUGUGCCAAAUCUGUCAUGCAAAAGGCGCAAUCUUCCCCCUUUCAGUUUUGCCAUUCUUGCAUCACAAAUUUAUGCGUGGUUUCGGUCGGUUUAGCAUCACAAAUUUAUGUAACAGCUGAGAAUGUAACAGUUGAGAGCACCAUAGUCGUGCGCUUGCGACACUUGCACCACUCCCCGAAAACGGACCGGCGGCUGCGACAAAAAAUCCUGGCGAAACUCGAGAAGCAGUGGAAACAGAAGCAGAAGUUGGAGAGGUAGAAUUUGAAUUGUAACUAAUGAUCUUUUCCAUUUCCCGGCCGGUGUAACAGUUUUUCCGCAACAUGCUCAUACACUUCUAAUUGUUGAAGCGCAAAAAGGGCGUCAUCAUGCUUUUUCAUUUUCUAGGCGCGAACUCCUUCUCCGCAAGCGCACGGCCGAGCAAGCGAAGCGGACGGGCGAACGCAUUUCCGUUGGCCCUGGAGGGUCAUCCUUCCGGCAGUCCGUGCAGCCAGCCUCCGGAACGAGUCCGAAAGGAACUUCGGGUCCUCCAGGGACAAACGCUACAACGGACCCCGGUACAGCUUCCGCCGAUGCUCUGAAUGACGACGAAGACGUAUCCAAGAAAAAAACGCUGUUAGUGUAAAUUUGUGAUGCUCCACAUGCAAGAUGAUUGCGUCUGUCAUGCUUGGCAUGCGUCGCAGCGUCCAUUAAGGGGCGUUUUCGCGUACUAUCUGCGCAUGACAGGUUUUUGCUGUCAUGCCAGACAAAUUUGUAAUGUUGUUCUUCCAAAAAAGUAUUGUAUACACCUACAAUGUUUUUUUCUUGGAUAAGACGAGAUUCGGCGGCAUCCAUAUCUCGACCCCCUUCCGAGUUUGGAGGAAGAGGCAGAAGCUGCGGACGAGAACAGCGGAACAUCUUUCAAACAGGGGUGCACAACCUCCGGCUCAUCUGCGAAUACCCUGAACAAAGCGGCCACCAGGAAGACGGAGCUGCAAAUGCGAAUUGACGCGAUUCUCAGUGGGAAAUCAAGCUAUCCGCCGGGGGCUUGUGGAUACAAUACCCACGGAACAACCGCAAGCUGCAGCUACAACUACUCCGACGCAAAUGCGGGCGCGGCUUUUCGUGGGAGCCAUCGGACGCGUGCGAGUGUGUUCACCGAGGGCGCCUUGUUGUCGCUGAACAGGGCGGGUGGUCAAUCCUCGGGAGGUGGAGGAAAGCCCGGAUGGUUCCGUCGGCCAACGCGGAAUCACCUGUACGACCACCGGCACUGGUGGCAAAAUCUGCCGUUUGACCUGCUGCCGAAGGAGUAUCGGCGGCAAGAAGCAACGAGGAGACGGCAAUUGGAACGGUCGAAAAUAGCGCUCGACCCGGUGAUUUUUACGAAGACUUGAAUGGAGGGUGUUUGGUGUGGGAUGUGGAAAACAUCAAAGCCCACUGCCGGUGGCUGCGAUAAUGAAACAAAGCAGCGCUAAUGUAUCAUACGAAACAGUCCUACUUCGAAAAUUUUAAGUGAUUGCCAAUCUGCAAAAGGUUGCAGUCCACCGAAUCCUAAUCCAGCGUCAUGAUAGACUUCUACGACCGAUGAUAAA